AGCUUGGAAAAACGCAAGACUGGCAAACCAAAUUCACGGCUACUGUUCACGGGGGCGGCUUUUUUGGUUCUUUCUACUUCGAACCCUCUCACAUCAUUCGCUAUAAUAACUCCCACUCUCUUCCAUUUCCUUCCUGGCCUCCAUCUCCCUCUCUCUCUCUCUCUCUCUCUCUCUCUCUCUGAAACUCUUCUGAUCAGCUAUAGAAGAAGAUCGUAGACGAUGAUGAAAUCCCAAGAAGAAGUUAUGGGGUGUAAGGAUCUCACACAAAUAAUCAAAGGCAAACGCACGAAGCGUCAAAGGCUACCGUCGCCGCUCCGGCUAGCCAUGGCUUCCAGCUCAUCUAGUGAUGGCGGAGAGGCGUCAGCAACCACCUCAGCCGAAUUCAUAGAGAGCAGGGAAGAAGAGGAGGACAUGGCCAACUGUUUGAUUCUCUUGGCUCGAGGCGGCCACGGCCGGAAAGCCUCCGAGCCGGUGGCUUCAGCCAGUAAUAAGGCGGCAGGGUUAUACGCGUACGAGUGCAAGACGUGUAACCGGUGCUUCCCUUCGUUCCAAGCGCUCGGCGGGCACAGAGCUAGUCACAAGAAACCCAAGGCUAAUACGGAAGAGAAGAUCAAAGCGGUGGCGUUUGUUGAUGAUCAAGAACAGGUUCUUGAUCAGUUUAACAACACAAGCACAAGCACAAGCACAACCCUUUCUUUGCAAAUAGCAAAUAGGGUUAUUUACAGUAGUAAUAACAAAUCCAAGGUUCAUGAGUGUUCGAUAUGUGGCGCUGAAUUCUCGUCCGGCCAAGCCUUGGGGGGGCAUAUGAGGCGGCACAGAACGUUUGUGAGCACUACUACUACUUCUGCCGAUCAUCAGUCCCAAGAAGCUAAGAAACAAAGAAAUAUUCUGCAGUUGGACCUGAAUCUUCCAGCCCCAGAAGAUGAUCAUCAUCACCGAGAAUCCAAAUUUCCCUUCGUCUCUAAAGAACAAGUCCUCGUCUUCUCGGCCUCUCCUUUGGUGGAUUGCCAUUACUAGUCCAUAAAUUUUUUUAUGGAUUCAUCCAACCCACAACCAAAGUGAACUAUUGACAUUACUUUUAGUAUUCAUGAUGUUGUUUAUAAUUGUUCAUUCUUUAAAUUCUUUAAUUUGAUGUUCAUGUUGAUGAUAUACUUGAAAUUCAAUUCUUUGGGUUCA